AGCGCCACCCGGAAGCGGAAGGCAGCCCGGCGCCGGCGCCGGCGGGAGAGGAGUGACUUCCGCUUGUGGGAAGUCGCUCCGCCCCUCUCCUUUGCUCUCCUUCUUUACGAUUGGUUCAUGGCACUCAGGCCUCUCCUCCUCUGGUUACUCUCCUCGCGGCUGCUUUUCCCGCCUCCGCCGGGGCCGAACCGUGGUCCGGGUGACAGUUGAGGAUGGCUGGAGCAGAGGGGUCCACUGGGCGGCAGUCGGAGCUGGAGCCUGUAGUAUCGUUGGUCGAUGUACUUGAGGAGGAUGAAGAGCUGGAGAAUGAGGCGUGUGCCGUCCUGGGGGGCAGCGACUCGGAGAAAUGUUCCUACGCGCAGGGCUCAGUAAAGAGACAAGCACUAUAUGCCUGUAGUACCUGCACCCCAGAGGGAGAAGAACCAGCAGGAAUCUGUCUAGCUUGCAGUUAUGAAUGUCAUGGAAGUCAUAAACUAUUUGAGCUCUACACUAAAAGAAAUUUUCGUUGUGAUUGUGGAAACAGCAAGUUUAAAAAUUUGGAAUGCAAAUUAUUUCCUGACAAAGCAAAGGUAAAUUCUGGCAAUAAGUACAAUGCCAACUUUUUUGGAUUGUAUUGCACUUGCAAGCGACCUUAUCCUGAUCCUGAAGAUGAGAUUCCAGAUGAGAUGAUCCAGUGUGUAGUCUGUGAGGACUGGUUUCAUGGAAGGCACCUUGGUGCCAUUCCUCCUGAGAGUGGGGAUUUCCAAGAGAUGGUGUGCCAGGCUUGCAUGAAACGUUGUUCUUUCUUGUGGGCUUAUGCUGCACAGUGGGCAGUAACUAAAAUAUCUGCUGAGGAUGAUGGGUUGGUACAGAAUGUUGGUGAUCAGGACACUAUCAAAUCUGAAAAUGGAGGUCAUCAGGAUAGUACCCUCAAAGAGGAUGUUCCAGAAUGUGGAAAGGAUGCCAUAAAGGAAGUGAAAGCAGAGCAGAAUAAUGAACCAUGUACCAGCUCUAGUUCUGAAUGUGACCUCCAGACAAUGUUUAAGAAUCAAAGUCUCAACACUGAGUCACAAUCUGGAUGCAAACUUACAGACCUUAAAGCUAAGCAGUUUGUAAAGAAAGAGACUGCCACCUACUGGCCCCUGAACUGGCGUAGCAAGUUAUGCACCUGCCAAGACUGUAUGAAAAUGUAUGGAGAUCUAGAUGUCCUGUUCCUGACAGAUGAAUAUGACACAGUUCUGGCUUAUGAAAACAAAGGCAAGAUUGACCAGGCAACUGAUAGGAGAGACCCUUUAAUGGAUACGCUCAACAGCAUGAAUAGAGUCCAGCAAGUCGAACUGAUUUGUGAAUACAAUGACUUGAAGACUGAACUUAAAGACUAUCUCAAGAGGUUUGCUGAUGAAGGCACGGUUGUUAAGAGAGAAGACAUUCAACAGUUCUUUGAAGAAUUUCAGUCAAAAAAGAGGAGAAGAUUGGAUGGGAUGCAGUAUUACUGCAGCUAGAGUGGAGUAUGACGCUUCUUCCUCAGGCCAAUGACAAUGCCACUUCGCAUCCUAGGAAUAAAAGAGGCAUUUCAUAUUUGGUCCCCUUUCCGUCCUCCUGUCUUUGGAGAGGCCUCCUCUUCUGGCCUUGACCUCCCUUCACUUUCCUUAACUGCAGUAGCCACAAUGUUGAUGCUGAUUUCACAACCAGCAGUCUUUAUGACUCAGCUAAAUGCAACUCAUUCCACAGACUUCAGCCCCUCUACUCCAGUAUAUCCAGGGUUAUUUGCUUAUAUAUUUUAAGAUGUUCAGUUUGAGAAAGCAAAUUGGUUUCUUUUCUAAUUUGUUCUUUAACUCCCAAAUAUGUGUACUUUGCCACAGAGCUGUUGCCUUCCAGGCCCUCCUCUGUAAGCGUCCCAGAAGGUUCUCUUCCUAUCAGCUAGAACCUCUCUACAGGUCCCCUUCACCCCUGUGAUCGUGGUGCCUUGGCUCAAUAUUUCCUCAGGCCUAGUCUGCUCCUUCUCCCACAUUCCUGCUUUCUGAGGUUUAGUCAUGGCUUAGAAAGGGUCUUGGAACUUGGAUUCUGUGGGCCUAAUGUCCAGAGUAGCCAAGACUGCUGGUUUUCUGGCCUGGAUAUCUGUCAUAAGCAGGGAGAUUGACUGAUGACAGGGUUGAGAAAGCAAACCUUUUGUUAUGAAUUUUACUAACAAGUUUAAAAGUGAAAUUUUCAUUCAUGAUUCUACUGGCACUAGAAUAUUUGAAUUUCAGUACUGUAGUGUUUACAGGGCUUCCUAGAGGAAAUUUGCCAGUAUAUCAGUCCCUUUUCUGCUGCCUAGAAAACAGACCGGGUAUCACCCCUGUGAAAUCUUGGUAGUUUACGAAGUCCUCUGGAUUUCUUUAUAUUAUCAGGGAUAUUCAUAAACAUAUAUUAAAAAUGGACCUAUUUUGAUAUUGUUGUAUUAUGAAAAUGUUAUUAGAACCCCAGUAGGUUAUUGUUUUUCCCCUUGAAUCUGUGCUGAAGAAAAAAGAUACUGACUCAUCUUUGGUGAAUAGGGCAGCGAUUGCCUGUUUUGGAGGAGACAUUCUGUGGAAGAGAUUCCAAGCAAGGCCCUAGGCCACACAAAUGAGUUUUGUGUAUAUAAAUGUUAAUGUCCACAGCUGGUUCCUUGAUGAUUAUGAGAUCUUCUUUCACAGAGCCUCAUGAAGUGUAUAAAAUCCCAUUUUUGAGAAGAAGUGCUUCCAAUUGGCCUGAAAUCUCUUUAAAACUCCUCAGUCUAUAUGGAAAACACCUUUUAAUAAAUAUAGAGCCCUCAGUUGUGCUUUCCCUGUGGAGGAACAAGAUCUUUCCUGACAGUAGGUGACAACUUUGAGGUGUGUUACCAACAGCAUUUUAUCCAGUAGUCACAUAUGUGAGUGUCCACCAAUGCCUAAUCAAAAUGAACUAGACCUACAAAAAGACAAGGCCUCAAAGAAAUGGUACAUACCAUGUUUUCUGGUAUUCAGCCUCUUAAUUAGAGAUCCUUGUGAAGGGUAUAUAGAGCUGGGAGGUCUUAUAGCUGCAGAAGAUGCCUGUGUGCCCUGAGCCAGCCUUGUGGAAAGGACUCAGUUAAAAGGCUCUCUGCGUUUUUGAGGUUGUCUACAGUCAGCAGCUUAGGAACUCUUCCAAAUUUGAAGAUGUUUUCAACCCCUUUUGCAGGAUUACACUGUUAGUAUACCAUCAUGUCCUGAAAGUUUAUAACUUCUCAAAUGUCUGAUUUAACUACUAGAAAGUUCCUCAUUUCCUAUCACAGGUCAGGACCAAGUCUCAGAGGUGAUGUGUGAUGUGCAGCACAGUAGUACCAAAUACCCCAGUGCUGAAGGGCUUGUUUUAUGAAAGGUACUGUUCCUUCUUUCUCACAUGAACCAGAAAACCUCUUUUUUAACCUUUGUUCACAACUAGUUUUCUUAUGACUAUAUUGGACCGUCUCUUCUUGUAGGGACUGAUUUUGGCCAACUUGUGGCAGUUGAUAUUAAUGCAUGUUUUAUGCAAAACAAAAAUAUAAUAUUAGUUGCUUUUAAGGAAUUCUGGCAUUGUAUGUGCAUUUUUAUAGAAAUUGUUACUGGACUUAUAAUUAGAUACUUAAUUCCAAUCAGGUUUCUGUAAAAUUUAAAUAAAACCAAUUCA